AUGGCUCAGCAAACUUCCCUUGCGUCCAACAAUCCCCCUACCGACAAUCCUCCUGACAUUGUCGUUGAGACCAUGUCUUCACCCUCGCUUGGCAAUUCGUCUAACGUUGCUGCCGGCAAGUUUGCCGACAAGCCCACUGACGCCGUCAUGACCUCUCCCUCGACCAACAACUCGUCUAGCGCUGUCGCCGCUGACAAGCCUACCGACGCUGUCAUGGAGAACGCGUCCUCCCCUGCAGAUGGUACUUCGUCCAAUAACGUCACUGUCGACAACCACUCCGACAUUGCCAUUGAUGCCAUGUCCUCUCCCAUGGUUGGCAACUCGUCUGACGCGGUCGCUACCAAUGAGCAAUCUGACGUGGUCAUGGAGACCAUGUCUUCCCCUGCGGUUGAGAUCUCAACCAACAUCGCCACCAUCGACAGCCUUGAAGAUACUGUCAUCCCGAACAUGUCAUCUCCUUCCAUUGGCAACACUUCCAACAUGGCCAUCCCCGACAACCUUUCUGAUGUCGUCAUUGAGAUCGCUUCCUCUCCGUCGACUGGCAACUCGCCCAACUUGGCCACCGCCAACAACUUGGCAGACGGUGUCAUCUCGGUCGUGUCUUCUCCCUCCGUUGACAACUCCUCCGACAUCGCCAUCGCCGGCGACUCUCCUGAUGCAGUCAUCGAGAUUAUGUCUUCCCCUUCGGUUGACAGCUCUUCCAACGUUGCCAUCGCCGACAACGCUUCCGACGCCAUCAUUGAGAUCACGUCUUCCCCCUUGGCUGCCGACAACUCGUCCGACACCACUCCCAGCGCUACCAGCCUCCACCGCCUCCCGCUUGCACUUGUCGGUAUCGGUCCGAACGCGGACGCCCAUGCGCGCCGCCCUGGCUACCCUGCCUUUGCCUUCGUCAACAAAGAGGCCUUCCACGCCUUUCUCAAGGCCUACACUCGCAUUGACAAGCAUCCCAACGAUCCCAUUGUCUACCAUCCUGAUCUCAUUGACCCUGUCGAUAUGCAGGACUACGAGUUUGCCGAGGCGGCUUUCCUUGCUCCUGGUGUUGAUUGCAUCUAUAUCAACCCCCGUACCGAUGAGGUUUCUCUUGGCUAUAAGACCGACAUUCCCGGCCCCGCCUUCUAUCCCAGCUUCAUCAAUCCCAACCUUGGACACGAAAUCAACUCACAGCUCAAGAUGGUGCGCAUCGUGAUGGAAGAUUUCCGCGGUUGGACCGACGGACACGACUACCCGCUUCUCUACCACAACUUCCUCAACAAGAAGCCCGUCGCCAGCAUCGACGUGAGCCAGCUCAAGUACCCCAACAUCAACCAGAUCACCGUGAUCUUCCGUGGCCUUGAGAAUGAGUGGAAGAGCGACAGCAACAACUACGUUGUCAACUACAACGUCGGCACCAACCGCGUCUUCGUUGACUACGACCGUGAGAACGCUGAGGAGAUGGUCGAGGAGACCUUCCGUCUCGAGGUGCACAAGGUGUACGAGGCCCAGUCGGAUGAGAUGACUCUGGAGCCGGAUGGAACCAACGAUGAGGACGAUAAGGCGACCCUCUCGGUUCGGAUCAUUUUCCAUCGCGACUCGGACAAGGACUACGGUCCCUACCUCCUCGAGCCCUUCGAUCUCGAGGAGAUCCUCGAUCCGGAGGACUUGACCGACGGCGGUCGGAUGGAGAGAAUCUUCUGGGAGAUCGCCGCCACCGCCGUCAAGGAGCGCCUCGGUGCUUAA